AUGUUUGACUUUUUCUAUGAUUACAGAAAGAAUAACAGUGAGAAUUCUGCAAAAGCAUCAUGUCGUACAAUUCUACUAGAUGAUGGGAACGUAAUCAAUGAACAAGAAGCUGCACCAUUAAUUAUUGAGCAAGCCAAACGAUUAUUGGAAAUAGAUUUAGCUUCAGUUUAUGGGAAAGAUCUAGUUAUUCUAUCCAAAGAAGAUGAGAAAGUGAUACAGUCUAAGGAGAACACGACUAUUGCUGAUUCACCAGUGCAUCAAUCACAAGCUAUUGUUGAAAUUAAAAACACAUUAAACGAGUUGAAGAGUAGUCAAUUAAUAGUGGAAAAUACAAUUUCUUCCAGAGAUAUGAAUGUAAAUGAUGAUCAUGGUAGGAAUCUUGUUUCUGCUGAGGAUAGAAAGCGUCCCAAUAGUUCUGUAAGCGAAGACCACGGAGCGAAAUGCAAAAAGGUUCCUGAGGAGAAUGUUGUUCUUACAUCAGUGAUGUUGGCAACGACGACGGCGAGUAACACCACUGCCCCCACAACCACUACUACUACUACUAACAGCACCAUAUGUACAGGAUUGUCGUUUGCUAGUGAUGACUCUAUUUCUGAUGACUGUUGUAACAACACAGGGAAUCACACUUGCAACAAUGAGAAAAAAUGCGCUUCAUCUCAGAAGAAUAGUACAGAUUGUAAUAUCGACCAUUGUGAUGAUCAAAUUUUAACAUUUCAGUCUCAAGUUUUGGACGUACAGUGCAAUAAAUCCACACACCUCCAGGAUACAAUGAUCUCUAAAGAUUUAGAGAAUUUCACUCAGCCUAGUCAGUCUUUCAUUUUAACCAGUCAACUAGCAGCUAUUGUUGAUAAUCAAAUUUCAAUAGUUGAUAAUACAAAAACAGAAAACAGUGUGAUGAAUAUUUCAGUUAAUCAUUGUACAUCUGUACAGGCUUGCAGUGAACAGUCUGAAUCUUCAACUCUAUCAUCCUCAUUAAUAUCCUGUGAUAAUGUAUUCGAAUUAAAUGAUACGCUUACAUUUUCAAUGUUUGAAAGUUCAUUUGCUGCAUCCAAAGCUAAUAAUAAUAAUAAUAAUAAUAAUAAUAAUAAUAAUAAUAAUAAUAAUAAUAAUGGCAAUAAUAAUGAUAACAAUUUUAAUGAAACAGCAUCCAAACAAAAUGAAGAAUUAGCCGUGAACUUUGAUUCACAAAUCUUGCAAAAUUUUAUGAUGUCACAGAUAACUUUCGAUACUGAAUUUGAAGACAAACAGAAACUAGUUUCCCCCAGUCAACCACCUGGCGCUAAUCCAUCCACAUCUAUCAAUGAAGACGAUACAGCUUUAGGCACAGAGAGGAAGAGUAUCGGUGAUUUAUUUAACUCAUCAUUCACAUUUGAUCUGCCAGCAAAUAAACAAUCACAGGAUUCAUCUUCGCGUAGUCAAAACCGUAAUUUUGGUGAAGCUCUUAGAUGUGCAGCAAAUGCUGAUGUCCUUCCGACUGAUGUUUUACCUGUGGAAGUCGUUAAAACUGGUAUCAAUUAUAUAAAUGAUGGUGAUGAUGAGGAUGACUACAACUGUGACAAUAGAGAUGAUUUAUUCUCUAUCAUUGAUGUAACUCAAUCAUAUUUUCUUUGGAAAACUUUCCUUGACGAUCUGUAUAAACGCAUAGAUGAAAUAAGUAAACAAAAUUCUACUAAUUCACAUUAUAUCGCUGUACAACCUGGUUGGAGUGUAAACAUGAACUCCCCUAAUCAAGUAGAUAAUGUUAAUGGAAAGGAUUCAUUUGAAUGUUUAAUUUGGCGUUCUGGACCUGGGGGACAUCCAGCUACUGGUGGUGGAAAAAGUCUGUGCACAGAUUACAACUUGUACCUUAGUGGGUUAUCACUUUCUUCAGUAUGCCUCCGAUCUAAUGUUGUAUUUUGGAUUGAUUUUGUUUCACAAAAUGAUGUCAAUAGAGUUCCAGUUAAUAAAUGUUUAGCAGAUAUUCGUGAUUUAUUUCUUUACAUAAGUCAUCACAAUAUUGGUUUAAUUCUUUGGGAUGUUAAAUGGUGGUAUCGAAUUGUUUAUGAUUUAUUCAAACUACCAAUUGGUAUAAAAUUUCAAAUAUACAAUCCGAAUCUAGUGAAUUGGUUAAAAAAUCAAGAUUUAGGUCAAAGUUCUUUGUUGAAUGAAGCAAAAAAACUAAAUGCCAACACUGUUGAUUUACUGAGCAAGGUUACAUCAUUCGCUGAACUUCUAGAACCUCCAACACAGUUUUCAGAUUGGUCUAAAAUCCCCAACCUUAGUUCUCCUAAUCAAUGUCCUCCUGCAAACCAUCUAAAUGGACAACAGUUAUCCAGUCUUCCUGAUCAUAUAAAUAUAACCGCAGCUCAAUGUUUCUUACUAGCAUUAUGGACAAAUUUGAAUAGUUACCUGUCUGAAGUUGAUCAUUCUAUACUCAGUUCAAUCGAAAUGCCUUGUCAAGCAUUACUGGCUAAAAUGGAGUCGUAUGGUUUCAAUCUCAACAUUGACGAAUUAAUUAAAUGUCAUGAUUCACUAACUCGUGCUUGUAAACAGUUAGAAAGUGUUGCACACCGACUAGCUGGUUUACCAUUUCCUAUGGAUUCACCGAAAGAAAUAUCUAAAGUAUUAUUUAAAUGGCUUCAUCUACCGCAGAUAUCAGAUCCUAAUGAUACUAUUUUAACAAGAAAACGUAAUCAACAAGCCUUAUUACUGAAUGGUCGUAAACAAUCAUCUCAUCUGCCUAGAGCUACUAAUGCUGUCCUGUCAAAACUCACAGGUGUUCAUCCAUUACCAGCUAUUAUUAUCGAAUGGCGUCAUCUAAAUGGUAUUUUAGAAAAAAUAUUUAAUUCUUUAGUUUCAACAUGUCGAAAUUGUAUUUCUGAUAGAGAAAAGCCAUUACGUGUUUCACCUAUAUAUGAUGUAUACACAGCUACUGGUCGUAUUGUUUCAACUAUGCCCAAUUUACAAUCUGUACCAAAAGAUAUAACUAUUGAAUGGCCUAAAUUACUUUAUAAGUCUUUAGAUAUUUCUCAGCUAUGGCCAUCACCAUUUGAUAAAGUGUUAGCUGAACUUCCCGAAUUUAAUGAAAUUAUAAAACCUCGUCGUGCCUUCUUGGCACCUACUGGCAGUAUACUGAUUUCUGCAGAUUUCUGUCAACUUGAACUAAGACUUUUAGCACAUUUUAGCAAAGAUGUAGAACUUUUAAAGCUUUUAUCCGUAGACUCCUCAAGUCAUAUUGAUCAAUCGAUGGCGCCAAAAUCAGAAUCAGAUGCAUUCAAAAAGCUUGCCGCCCAUUGGCUUAAUAUACCUCAUGUAAAUCAAGUAACCGAUGUUCAACGCCAACAAGCUAAACAAUUAUGUUAUGCUAUUUUAUAUGGUAUGGGUGCUCAAACAUUAGCCAGUCAAUUAAAUAUACCUGAACAAAAUGCACAAAAGCUAAUCGAUAGCUUUCUACACACUUAUUCAGGUGUUCAAAAGUUUAUUACAGCGACUAUUGCAUCCGCUCACCAUGAUGGUCAAAUUAAAACACUGAAUGGUCAUAUUCGUCUUCUGCCAGCUUUGACCGCCAAAACAUUGUGUGAUAAUGGUACAAAUCAUGAAUUUGAUUUCAGUCGGUCGAGGAAAAAUGAAUUUAGACACCACUUCGCUGUGGUUAAGGCUGAACGUCAAGCUGUUAACAGUAUGAUUCAAGGUAGUGCGGCAGAAAUAGCCAAACUAGCUAUGUUAGCAGUUGAUGAAGCUCUCAAUUCCAGUCAACUGUCGGGCUAUGCUAAUCUUGUUCUACACGAACAUGAUGAAUUAAUCUAUGAGGUUUUUCCGGCAUCAUCUGUUAAACGAUUCGGUUUAUUAAUUCGACAAACAAUGUCAAAUAUCGGUAAACAGUGUAACUUAAGUAUUCCAUUACCUGUAAAAUUGAAAAUUGGUUCUAAUUGGUCUGAUUUACAACAAGUCGAUUGGUGAUUGUGAAUCGCUUAUGCUAAUUACCUCAUUAUUAAUUACCUCAGUUAUUUACAUUAAUGUGAUCUUUCAAUGUACACGAUCUCAUGCCUUUUUAUUUUAUUUUCUUCCUUUUUUUAAUUUUUGAUAAUUUAACUUUAUAUGUAACAAUGUGAAAACUACUCAUUAUUUUCUUUAUAUGUAAAUUUAUUUAAAUCUCUCAGGGAUAUGUAUAUUUUAUGUAUAAUGUUUUCGUUCUAUGUUGUUUUUGUUUUUUCAAUGUUAAAUGUUAUUUCAAUGUAAUUUUUU